UUGUUACGCCCUCAACUAGACGCAGACCCAGUGCCCUUGAGCAGAGAUACGCCUUUUUACUGUUUUUUUUCCACUGGCGCUGUUUGGAUAUUGAGCAAGCGAGCCGCCAUUUUAUUGUGAGAGAUCUUUAGCUUGUUGUUGUUGUUGUGGUGGUGGAGUUUGGGAGCGACUUUGAAUCAAAAUACAAAAUAAAUACCGAAAAAAACCCUUUUUUUCAACUCCUGAAAAUCCGUUUUCGUUAGUUGCGUUCGCUCGCUAACGAAACCAGCGUCGUGCUGUUUUUUAUUUCGGAGUAACGAUAUUUAUUGAGUUAUGUCAAACAUGGGCACUAUGGCUAGCAGAUAAACAGAGUACUUUUUAUAAUUAUUUCAAACGGAGGAAGAAAAAAAAAAAAGACCAGAAUCCAUAACUUUUUAUUUUAAUUAUAAAGUUAGAUUUAAGGUGGUGGGAUUAUUGUUUAUUAUUAUUAUUAAUUUAGUUCAAUUUAGAAUUUUUUUGUGUUUACUUUAAAAAUGAGAGGCGGAUCUUUCGAUUCUAGAGACCGUGGACGAGACCGAGGAGGCCCUCGUUUCGGGUCGAGCCGUGGCGGGCCCCCUCCCCAGAAAUUUGGGAACCCGGGGGAGCGACUGCGUAAGAAGAAGUGGAACCUGGACGAGCUGCCCAAAUUCGAGAAGAACUUCUACAAAGAGCAUCCCGAGGUGGAGCGCAUGACCCAGUAUGAGGUGGAGGAGUUUCGCAAGAAGAAAGAGAUCACUGUCCGAGGAAACGGCUGUCCCAAACCAGUGGCUAAAUUCCAUCAGGCACACUUCCCUCAGUAUGUUAUAGAUGUUCUGGUGGAGCAGAGUUUCUCAGAGCCCACCGCUAUCCAGGCUCAGGGCUUCCCGCUGGCGCUAAGCGGCAGGGACAUGGUGGGCAUCGCGCAGACUGGCUCGGGGAAGACACUGGCGUACCUCCUGCCAGCUAUAGUUCACAUCAACCACCAGCCGUACCUGGAGAGAGGGGACGGGCCCAUUUGUCUGGUCCUUGCUCCGACGCGUGAGCUUGCGCAGCAGGUUCAGCAGGUGGCAUACGAGUACGGGAAGACGUCCCGCAUCAAGAGCACCUGCAUCUACGGGGGGGCCCCCAGGGGCCCGCAGAUCAGGGACCUGGAGAGAGGUGUAGAGGUCUGCAUUGCUACCCCCGGCCGGCUCAUUGAUUUCCUGGAGGCUGGGAAGACGACCAUGAACCGCUGCACCUACCUGGUUCUGGACGAGGCUGACAGGAUGCUGGACAUGGGCUUCGAGCCCCAGAUCCGCAAGAUCAUCGAGCAGAUCAGGCCGGAUCGCCAAACCCUCAUGUGGAGCGCUACCUGGCCCAAGGAGGUGAGGCAGCUGGCGGAGGAUUUCCUGCGGGACGCGGUGCAGAUCAACGUGGGGGCGCUGGAGCUGAGCGCCAACCACAACAUCCUGCAGAUAGUGGAUGUGUGCCAGGAGAGCGACAAGGACAGCAAACUGCUCCAGCUGAUGGAGGAGAUCAUGGCCGAGAAGGAGAACAAGACCAUCAUCUUCGUGGAGACGAAGAAGCGCUGUGAUGAGCUGACCCGCAGAAUGAGGAGAGACGGGUGGCCCGCCAUGUGUAUCCACGGAGACAAGAGCCAGCCUGAGAGGGACUGGGUGCUAACAGAAUUCCGCAGCGGGAAGGCUCCGAUCCUCAUCGCGACGGACGUGGCGUCUCGUGGAUUAGACGUGGAGGAUGUGAAGUUCGUGAUUAACUACGACUACCCCAACUCCUCGGAGGACUACGUGCAUCGCAUCGGCCGCACGGCGCGCAGCACCAAGAAGGGCACGGCCUACACCUUCUUCACCCCCGGGAACCUGCGCCAGGCCCGGGACCUGGUCCGAGUGCUGCAGGAGGCCAGGCAGGCCGUCAACCCCAAACUGCUGCAGCUCGCUGACUCGGGGAGAGGGUGCGGGGGCAGUGGUGGUCGCCUGCGGUAUCGCGGCGGCUCUGACGCCAACAACCCGAACCUGAUGUACAUGGAUCAGUGCGAGCGGCGCAUGAGGGGGGGGGGCUCCUCCAGCCGGGGGGGCAGCGGGAGCGAGCGCAGCAACAGCAAUAAGCACUCCUCCUCUUCCUCCACCUCCUCCUCCCGGGAGCACAGGGAGCAGGGCCCCAGCUACAGCCGCGGGGCCCCUCAGGAGCAGCCUCAGUACACCGGGGCCCCGCCCCUCCCUCUCAUGGCUCAGCAGUUCAACCCCCCUCAGCCCCCUCCCAUCAUGAGCUUCAUGUUCCCUCCCCCGCCUGCCCCCAGGAAAUAGACUCCAGGGGAAACUAUAAAGAGAAGUUUUUUUUUUUUUUUUGAUCAGCGAGUAGUUUGGGGUUGAAAAUAUAAUUGUCAUUUGUUUUCUUUCUAUUCUGGAAAAGGGCAGGGAAUCUGGUGUCUUUGAUAAGUGUAGGUAUUGCAAGAUUUUGGCUACGCACUAAAAUAAUCAGAUGCUUGCAAUAACCUAAAAAAGCAGUUUUAUUGUUUAGUAGACAGGCUCAAAACACACAGAGAUUUUGCAAUGCAUCUCUCAUACACAAAUGUGCAGCGCACCAGGAAGCAUCCAUUACAUGAGAGAUGACUUUUCAUUACAAUACUGAAACAUACUUUGAAGACUUUCUCACCCACACAGAGAUGCGUGCAGAAUACAGCUGGGGGCAAAAGUUUAGCGUCACCUAGAAUUUGAGACUUUAAAAAAAGAAACUAUAGGAACAUAAUUUAGAUCUUUUAUUUAACAUCCUGUAAUUAAAGAAACUACAAAAUAAUAUCACAAAAAAGUCUACCAGAAGCCAUAAUAGUAGUACAGUAGUAUUUCACGUUAGAUUUUGAAAUGUUACAUUUUGAAGUUUGCCAGUUUCUGUGGAAAACUACCAAGCAUAGUGUAGUUCACUAUGUUAACAAAACAUUAUUCAGAAGGUUUCAUUCCACUUUAUGAAGGAAAAUGAGUUCAUUCUACAGGGUGAUGCAAAACCUUUGGCCAGAGCUGUCCGUACAGCUCGCUUGACCAAACCAAUAAACACGCUGACUUAAAAGAUAAUCAAACUUCAUCCUUAUAGCUUUACCUCGAAGUUGGACUUGGGUGAGAAGUAAAACUGAUCUAGAAUGAUAUAAAGUAUACAAUAUAAUGAUGGUUUUGUUAGAAGGGCUAAUAGCUUAGUAUUGGUUAUUAGCAGAAGCUAGGUAUUUUAUAAAGGGGUUAAAGACUGCUAUAGGAUGAGGGAGCAUGUGUUGUACUGUACCUGAAGUACCUACAUCUAUACAGCUCUUCAACUAAAAUAAUGGUCUUACCCCAAAGUUUGAGAUGUAUGUCUAUUAGAUUGCAACUCCGUUUGUAUAGAAGCUCUCUGAGUCUUUCAUGAAAGGAUGUUGUCAUAUUAUUAUUAUUAUUAUUAUUAUUAUUAUUAUUAUUAAAGUUUAUAAUGCUAGACCCAGGUUUGAGUUUGGUUGCUGUAAAGUGCGCUGUUAAGCAACCAGGCCAUUGAGAAGUCAAGGUCCGACUGAUCCUGUGUCAUUCUCUGCGUUCUAAUGUUUGCCCGCUUCUUCAGAGUAAUUCUUCUGUGGAGAUACGGCAAACCGCAGAAGUAAACUUCACAGAAAUGUACGACCUCUCGUGUCAAAACUUUUAUAGGCUUCUGGCUUUCUUUGCUUCUGUGCAGCAGCCAAAAAAAUGUGAAUCAAACCGAUAUUUGAAAUAUCUUUACCCCUCCCUUGCCCUGAUUUUUAUUUUUUUUGUUGGGUACGUGUUUUGGAGGGGUUCAGAUUUAGGUUUUUGUCAAACUAAAGGUAAGUUUGGCAGCCAAAGAAAUGACCCCCAAAAACGUCAACAAAUUAAAAGAAUGUGUCAGGCUAUGUUGUAAUACAGAUUACUCUGUCAAAUUAAAAUAACACAAGUUAAACAAUCAAAUUAAUUCAAAGAUUCAAUUCAGUGGGGACCAUCUUACUGAUUCAGUUUUGAGUUUUCAGGGCUUUUUAUAUGAGGUGUCUGUGUUGUGUGUUUUUUAUAAAGGUAAGGUAGGAGUCACAACCAACACAGACACACACAACGUAUGUAGCUCUAAUCAAAACCUUUAUUCAAAGCUGUUGGUAGUUUUUGUGAAGGUAGGUGCUUGUUUGUUAAUGCUUCCCUCCAGGUAAAUGCGAGGGAAGCAGCUUUGUUCCUGUGGGAUUGCUGAUUUCUAUGGUAACCGAUUUAUAUUUUUCUUGUUUUUAUGUAUGAAUAAGGUGUAAGGGUUUGCAGCAGUAGAGAGAGAGAUGGAGAGUUGAGAGUCUUUGUGUAGCUCGAAACCACCCUAACUCCAGCAAGUGUGCAUGGCUUCAUCCUGUUUUUGAAUCGGAGAUCGCAAGAUAGUCUUUCCCCAUGUGAAGUUUGUAAGCCUGUGGAAUCAUUAAAAAUAGGCUGUGUGCAUUUUUAAUUGUAUAUUUAAUCAUUGGAAGAAAACAUCAUCCUCUUUCUUUUUGAUUAAAUCCUUAAAUUUAAAAUUUGUGGGAACACAGUUUGUUCAACAGGCCGACGAAAUGAUUUGCUUUAGAAUCUGGCUGGAAGUCAUUCAACAAUUUUGAGAUCUAAUAAAGAAUUGGACUGAGAAUCCACCAAGUUGAAAUUCAUUUUUGAGUCCUUGGAUGUUUGACGAUUGGUUUUAUUUAAAAAAAAAAAUAUUGACCCGUCUAUUCUACUAAAGCAGGGGACGCGAUAGAUUCAGUUGCAGCGUGACUCAGGAGUUGAAGACUAUUAACCCUCUUUCUGUCUGUCUUUCUCUGGAUCAAACAUGUUUAUUUUAUUUUUUUUCAAACCGUCUUAAAUGCUUUUAUAAAUAUGUAUUUUUUGUAUUUGCUUGACUUAACUGCCUGUGUUCCUGUGCAGAAGUGUCUCAGUGCUUUGAGUGUACCUCUCAAAUUUCCUAACGAAACGAGAAAUGCUGCACAGUGUGAAAUCUGUUGGCACAGAAUAGACAGAAACAUGUGGGAGGAAGGGAGGGAGUGUUACUGCUCAAGGGUAGCUAGUGGGAUAUGCUUGGGGUAAACUUGUGUAUAUGUUUUAUACAUCUGGUAAAUGUGAAUGUGUGUUAUUUUUCACGAGCAGCGUCUGAAUACGCAGAUAUUUGUCUCGCCGCUGUUGAUGCUGUGAAAUAACCCUUUUUGAUUUUUCUUUCCCUGCUGUUCAGAUGUCAUGGGUAGGGUGCUUCGAAAUGUAUCAUAAAAGUUGUCUGUUUUUGAUAAUGUUAGCAGUUCUCUUUUCAGGUUUAAUUACAAAAUAAAGGUGUGGGCAAAUUUGUUCAGA